AUGUAAGGACACAAAAGUAUAGUAAUAGUCAACAAAUUUAGUGUAACAGUUUAAGUUUUCAUAGUUAAGUGGUAACAACAAUCCGCCAAGAUGCCGCGUAUUAUGAUAAAAGGCGGCGUUUGGCGAAACACUGAGGAUGAAAUACUUAAAGCGGCUGUAAUGAAAUAUGGCAAAAACCAAUGGUCUCGUAUUGCCUCCUUACUGCAUCGCAAAUCAGCUAAACAAUGCAAAGCGCGAUGGUAUGAAUGGCUGGACCCCAGUAUCAAGAAGACGGAGUGGUCGAGAGAGGAGGACGAGAAGCUACUGCACUUGGCCAAGCUGAUGCCGACACAAUGGCGAACUAUCGCGCCGAUCAUUGGAAGGACAGCGGCACAGUGUUUGGAGAGAUAUGAAUAUCUUUUGGAUCAAGCUCAAAAGAAAGAAGAGGGCGAGGACAUGGGAGAUGAUCCCCGCAAACUGAAGCCAGGUGAAAUUGACCCCAAUCCAGAGACAAAACCUGCCAGGCCUGACCCCAAAGACAUGGAUGAAGAUGAAUUAGAAAUGCUGUCUGAAGCUCGUGCACGUUUGGCAAACACACAAGGCAAAAAGGCCAAAAGGAAAGCGCGGGAGAAGCAGCUGGAGGAAGCCAGAAGGCUUGCAGCAUUACAGAAGAGGAGGGAACUUAGUGCUGCUGGCAUUGCUGUGCCUAUGAGGCGCAAAAAGAAGCGCGGCGUAAAUUAUAAUGCGGAAAUUCCAUUUGAGAAGAAACCAGCUCCCGGUUUUUACGACACGUCUACCGAGGUGGUAGACCCCAUGGCGCCGGACUUCUCGCGGUUGAGGCAGCAACAUUUGGAUGGAGAACUGCUGUCUGAAAAAGAAGAGAGAGAGCGGCGCAAAGACAAGAACAAGCUGAAACAACGCAAAGAGAACGACGUGCCGCAGGCGAUGCUACAGGGCGACCAGCCCGCUAGGAAACGGAGCAAACUGGUUCUACCGGAGCCCCAGGUGUCGGAUCAGGAGCUGCAGCAGGUGGUGAAGCUGGGCCGCGCGUCCGAGGCGGCGCUGGAGUCGGCGGGCGCGGCGGGCGCGGCCACGGACGCGCUGGUGGCCGCCUACGCGCUGGCGCCGGCGCCCGCCACGGCGCUGCGCACGCCGCAGCAGGCGCACGACCGCGUGCUGGUGGAGGCGCAGAACGUCAUGGCGCUGACGCACGUGGACACGCCGCUCAAGGGCGGGCUCAACACGCCGCUGCAGGCGCCCGACUUCGCGCCCGCCGCGGCCGGCACGCCCGCCACGCCCAACACGCCCGCCACGCCCAACGCCGUGCUGGCCGCGCCCUUCCGCUCGGCGCGCAGCGACGCGUCCACGCCCGGCUUCGGCACGCCCCGGGGCGGCCCCAAGACGCCUGGCGUCCGUGACAAAUUGAGUAUCAACCCAGAAGACAGGCUCGGCGGAGGGGACACACCACAAAUCGCCAAUCAGUUGCAAAAACAGCUGAAGGCGUCCGUCCGCAACGCGCUGCAAGGCCUGCCGACUCCCCGCAACGACUACGAGAUCGUGGUCCCCGAGCAGGAGGGCGAGGAGCCCGGCGAGGCCGCGCCCGCCACCCCCGAGCUGGAGGACCAGGCCGACGCCGACGCCAGGGCCUUCCAGGAACAGGAGGAGCGCCGACUGGCGGCUCUCGCACGUCGGUCCAUGGCCAUCCAGCGCGGCUGCGCGCGGCCGGCCGAGGUGAACAACAGCGUGGUCCGCACGGGCGCCUCCACCCUCACGCCGCUGCAGCAGGCCGAGGAACUGCUCAAGGCCGAGAUGGUCACCAUGCUGCAUUACGACGCCUUGCACGAUCCUCCUAACAGUGUGGACAAAAAACGCGCUAUCCAAUUGCAAGCGGCCCAUCUGGCUUAUCUUGAACAGCACCCCUACGAAGAGUUCACCCCUGAAGAAAUCACAGCGGCAAAGAAAGAGAUGCAGAAAGAGAUGGAAGUCGUCAAAGCCGGCAUGGGACACGGGGACUUGAGUCAGGAUGCGUACACUCAGGUGUGGGAGGAGUGUUUAGCCCAGGUGCUCUUCUUGCCCGGCCAAAACCGGUACACGCGGGCGAAUCUUGCGAGCAAGAAAGACCGACUGGAGUCCGCCGAGAAGAGACUCGAACAAAACCGGAACCACAUGGCCAAGGAGGCCAAGAAAUGCUCCAAAAUGGAGAAGAAGUUGAGGGUGCUCACAGGUGGCUACCAAAGUCGCGCGGCGUCGCUGAUAAAACAAUUCCAAGAGCUGCAAGAUCAGAUCGAGCAUGCCAACCUCGAGCUGUCCACGUUCAAGUUCCUCUCAGAACAGGAGAAAGCCGCCAUUCCACGUAGGAUAGAGUCAUUAACAGAAGACGUGAACCGUCAAACAGAACGAGAGAAACUGCUGCAAAAGCGCUACGCGGAGCUGCAAGCUGAACUCGAAGAAUUGCACAAAGGCAGACAGCAGGAAGUGCAAUCUUCACAAGAGUAAAGAAAGGAUACUGUUGUACUAAAGAUUUGCUGUUGUAGAAAAAUAUAGUCUAUCGGAAUUAUUUCUUUGAAAUUGUACCUUACGUGACAUUCGCAAUGUUGAGUCAUGUGACCAGAGGUGGGCAGCGAGUUAAAAUCCAACCAACCCGCCCGAGCUUAAAAGGGGUUUUGUCCCAUUUCUGACGGCGGAAAGGACGAAUACGGAAUAUGAUUCCAUACUUAUUAUAAAUUUCGAUGUAAAUAACCUCAGUACAGAGUACAAAAAAAAACUGACCUCAAAAGUAGUUUCAAGUGGAAUAUUUUCUUCAAAUUUAAAUGGGACCACUUCUGAGGUACCCUCUUUCCAUCAAAUAGAGACUUGUCAAAAUCGGUUCACAAAUGUCGGCCGGAGUUAUCGCGUAACAUAUAAAAAAACCAGUCGAAUUUAGAGCGUCCUCGUUUUUUUGAAGUCGGUUAAAAAUAUUUUUUAUAAUAAGAAUCUUGUUGAUUAUCACUACUGAGGAUGUGUUACGAAUUGGUUUUUAUGAAUAUCAAAAAUUAAAGUGCAUAUGGUCUAACUAUUUAUUUCAAUUCGAUUUUCAAGUGAAUGGAUUCAAUAUAAAGGCAAAUUGAAUCAGUCAAACAUUUUUUA